AUGAGAUUAACUACCGUGGCCACAAUCGCCUGUGCUGCUUCCAGCGCCAAUGCGCUUACAAUCCCUAGCUUUGGACACAAUUUGCAAGGUGUUCAACAAAUUUUGUCCGAUAAGGUCGACGUAGUGUCGUCCCAGUACUCUCAGAUUGUUCAGGCUUUGGAGAGCAAGAAGGGAGACGUUUUGGCCAAGAUCGCUCAGUACUUUAAUGAGCCACUUGAGAAUAUCUCCAAGGAGACCAAGAACGUGUGGUUGGACAUGUUCACCUCCUUCCCAGACACCAUUGCAGCUAUGAAUUUCAAGUCCAAUCCUAAAAAGGCCACUAAGAACAAGGCCACUUUCGACUUCCAUGUGACUGACGCCAAGUUGCCAAACCACAAGUUGAGGGUCAAGGCGACUCCUGAAGACUUGGGAAUUGACAAGGUGAAGCAGUACACUGGCUACUUGGAUGUUGAGGAUGAAGAUAAGCACUUCUUCUACUGGUUCUUUGAGUCCAGAGGCGAUCCAAAGAAGGACCCAGUGAUCUUGUGGUUGAACGGUGGUCCAGGUUGCUCGUCUUUGACUGGUUUAUUCUUUGAGUUGGGUCCUUCCUCGAUCAACAAAAGCUUGAAGCCAGUGUACAACCCAUCCUCUUGGAACAGCAAUGCAAACGUCAUUUUCUUGGACCAGCCAGUCAAUGUCGGUUUCUCCUACUCCUCUGGAUCAGUAACUAACACUGUGGCUGCUGGCCAGGAUGUUUACGCCUUCUUGGAAUUGUUUUUUAAGCAGUUCCCAGAGUACAAGAAGCAGGACUUCCACAUUGCUGGUGAGUCUUACGGAGGUCACUACAUCCCAGUGUUCUCCUCUGAGAUUUUGAGUCACCCAGAGCGUUCGUUCAACUUGACCUCCGUCUUGAUUGGUAACGGUUUGACUGAUCCAUUGACCCAGUAUGAAUAUUACCAGCCAAUGGCUUGUGGAGAAGGUGGUGAGCCUUCCGUUUUGGAGCCGGAGGAGUGUGACAACAUGGCUGACUCCAUUCCAAGAUGUUUGUCAUUGAUUGAGUCUUGUUACAACUCUGGUUCGGUUUGGUCGUGUGUGCCAGCCACUAUCUACUGUAACAACGCUCAGAUGGGACCAUACCAAAAGACUGGAAGAAACGUUUACGACAUCAGAACGAUGUGCGAAGGCUCUUCUUUGUGCUACAAGGAGUUGCUGUACAUUGACGACUACUUGAACUUGCCAGAAGUUAAGGCUAAGUUGGGAGUCGAAGUGGAAGAGUACCAGUCUUGUAACUUCGAUGUCAACAGAAACUUUAUGUUUGCUGGAGACUGGAUGAAGCCAUACCACAAGAACGUGAUUGACAUUUUGGAAGCCGGUGUUCCAGUUCUUAUCUACGCUGGAGACAAGGACUUCAUUUGCAACUGGUUGGGUAACCAGGCAUGGGCCGACAGAUUGCCAUGGUCUGGCCAUAAGAAGUUCGAGGCAGAGCCAAUUAGAACCUGGACUGUCAAUAAGGAGGCUGCCGGAGAGGUGAAGAACUACAAGCACUUCACAUUUUUGCGUGUGUUCGGUGGUGGUCACAUGGUUCCAUAUGACCAGCCUGAGAACGCAUUGGAGAUGGUCAACAGAUGGGUGAGUGGAGACUUUGCCUACAACUAG